AGAGGGCGCGCGGCGGAGAUGGGCGAGACCAUGUCAAAGAGGUUGAAGUUGCAUCUGGGAGGGGAGGCGGAGAUGGAGGAGCGCGCGUUCACCAAUCCCUUCCCGGACUACGAGGCCGCCCUCGCCGCCGCGGGGCUCACUACCGGAACCUCAGAAGAGUCGGGCUGUGUUCGCACCCAAUCCACCACAGAUGAGUUCGGCCUUCCUUUCCACCACGACGGCAAGAUCAUUCACAAUUUUGUGAGGCGGAUCCAGACCAAAAUCAAAGAUCUUCUACAGCAGAUGGAAGAAGGGCUGAAGACAGCUGAUCCUCAUGAUUGCUCUGCUUAUACUGGUUGGACAGGCAUAGCCCUUUUGUACCUGCAGCUGUACCGGGUCACUUGUGACCAGACAUACCUGCUUCGAUCUCUGGAUUAUGUAAAGAGAACACUUAGGAACCUGAAUGGUCGCAGGGUCACUUUCCUCUGUGGAGAUGCUGGGCCCCUUGCUGUAGGAGCUGUGAUAUAUCAUAAACUCAAAAGUGACUGUGAAUCCCAGGAAUGCAUCACAAAACUUUUGCAGCUGCACAGAAGCAUUGUCUGCCAAGAAUCAGAGCUUCCUGAUGAGCUGCUGUUCGGUCGAGCAGGUUAUCUGUAUGCCUUACUGUACCUGAACACGGAGAUUGGCCCUGGCACUGUGUGUGAAUCAGCCAUUAAAGAGGUAGUCAAUGCUAUUAUUGAAUCCGGUAAAACCUUAUCAAGAGAAGAAAGAAAAACUGAUCGCUGUCCCCUAUUGUAUCAGUGGCACAGGAAGCAGUAUGUUGGAGCAGCCCAUGGCAUGUCUGGGAUCUACUAUAUGUUAAUGCAGCCUGCAGCAAAAGUGGACCAAGAAACCUUAAUAGAAAUGGUGAAGCCUAGUAUCGAUUAUGUACGCCACAAGAAAUUUCGAUCUGGGAAUUAUCCAUCUUCAUUAAGCAAUGAAACAGAUCGAUUGGUCCACUGGUGCCAUGGUGCCCCAGGUGUCAUCCAUAUGCUCAUGCAAGCAUAUAAGGUUUUUAAGGAGGAGAAAUACCUGAAAGAGGCCAUGGAGUGUAGUGAUGUGAUUUGGCAGCGAGGUUUGCUCCGAAAGGGAUACGGGAUUUGCCAUGGGACCUCUGGGAAUGGCUAUUCUUUUCUGUCUCUUUACCAUGUCACAAAGGAUAAAAAGUAUCUCUACCGAGCUUGCAAGUUUGCAGAGUGGUGUCUAGAUUAUGGAGCGCAUGGAUGCCGCAUUCCUGAUAGACCAUAUUCCCUGUUUGAAGGCAUGGCUGGCGCUAUUCACUUUCUCUCUGACAUCCUGGUACCAGAGACAUCACGAUUUCCAGCAUUUGAACUUGGCAUUUCACAAAGAAAUUAAAAAGAGGAAAAAUGGCACAUACUUCACAGGACAGGAUUCACAGACAUCAGUUUAACAAUUACAAGUGUUUGAAAUCAGAUUUCAGAACAUCUCAUUCAUUUCUUGUAUUUCUUUGUGUCCACAACUGUGUUCUCCAAAUGUACCUAAAUUUAAAAAUAUGUACAUGCACAAUACCAUUUCAAAAUCUGAAGGAAAAAAGCUAAAGUCCACAAAAAGUAUUUGAAGUUCUUUGGUUUUAUUAGUAAAAGACAGUUUUGUGUGAUAA